CGUUUGUCACAGCUUUCCCUGUGGUGGCUGCCUGCCAAGUACAGCUAUGGAGUUAGCCGUGGGGUGUGAGGUUUUCUCCAGAGGCAGCUUCAAGAAGAGGUCUCAGCACAGCAGAAAUGAAUGCAGUGGAAGCUAUUCACAGAGCGGUAGAAUUUAAUCCACAUGUGCCAAAAUAUCUCCUAGAAAUGAAAAGCUUAAUAUUACCCCCUGAACAUAUUUUAAAGCGAGGCGACAGCGAAGCGAUUGCUUAUGCUUUCUUUCACCUUCAGCACUGGAAAAGAGUGGAAGGGGCUCUGAAUCUCUUACAUUGUACGUGGGAAGGCACUUUCAGAAUGAUCCCUUAUCCUUUGGAAAAAGGGCACCUUUUUUAUCCUUAUCCCAUUUGUACCGAAACAGCAGAUAGAGAACUUCUUCCAUCAUUUCAUGAAGUCUCUGUUUACCCCAAGAAAGAGCUUCCAUUCUUUAUUCUGUUCACUGCUGGACUAUGUUCUUUCACAGCUAUGUUGGCCCUUCUGACACAUCAGUUCCCAGAACUAAUGGGAGUUUUUGCAAAAGCAUUUCUUAGUACUCUCUUUGCUCCCUUGAACUUUGUGAUGGAAAAAGUGGAAAGCAUCCUGCCCUCCAGUCUCUGGCAUCAGCUAACAAGGAUCUAAAGAAAAACAGUUCUCAGUGACUGCCAUAUUUUCUGUGCCAACUUCCUGUUGACUACCAGAAAGCAUGAUUUUUUUUUUAAAAGAGAGCCCACGUUAAGCUCCUCAUAAAUUGUCUGUUAUCAUAAUUUUUGUUGUACAAAAUACAUUGAUGUUUGAUUCUAUUUUGCUUCCAAAAAACAAAAACUAAAAAAAAUAAACUUUUGUGUAUGGCAA